AUGGAAAUAGUUGGAGCUAUUUGGACUUUACGUUUUGAUGGAUCCUUUACCACUUCUGAAGGAGGAGCUAGAAUAGUCCUAUUCAAGAAUAUCGGAGAAUCAGUGGCUAUGUCAUUCAAGCUUGAUUUUCCAUGCACCAACAAUAUGGUUGAAUAUAAAGCGUACCUCAUGGGCCUAGCGGUGGCUCGUGAAAUGGGUAUUAAACAUCUUCAACUAAUUGGAGAAUCAACUCUGGUUGUUUGCCAAGCUAAAGGAGAUUUUGCACUCAAGGAACCAUCUUUAGCUCCAUAUAGAGCUAUGGCUCAAAGGUUGGAGGACUCUUUUGAAGAGUUCAAUAUUGAACACUCUCUAAGGUUUGACAAUCGCUUCAUCGAUGCUUUAGCUACCUUGGGAUCAAAAGUCAGUUUUGAGGGUGCAACAACAGAUGUCACUAUUGUAAAAAGGCCCAUUCCAGUCAUACAAAUGCUGAAAAAAGAGUUCUUUGAUCAACUGUUGGAACAAACAGAUUGGCAAUCAUCCCUUAAAGAAGCAUUGUUAUCACUUGAUGAGAAAGAUCAUUUGAAGGUGCUUAAAGAUUACACUCUAAUGGCAGGAGAGCUAUACAAAAAUCAUCCUGGAGGAGUUCUAGCUAGAUGCUUAAGCCCUGAUGAGUCCACUAAGCAAUUAAAAGAAGUUCAUGAAAAAUAUUGUGGCUCUAGCUGUUCUAUAGAAUCAUAUGCAGUCUUUGCCAUAGGUGAUUGGCGUAUACCCUUUCUUGAGUAUCUCAUAGAUGGCAUCCUGCCUGACAACCAUGAGAAGGCCUACUGCUUGAGAAAAUUGGCUACUCAUUACUUUGUGGAAGGUGGUAUUCUUUUUCGAAAAGGAUUUAAUGGGGAACCCUUGAGAUGCCUAGGGACCCCCGAAGCACAAUCAAUCAUGCAAGAGGGGCUUGAUCUAGUAGGCCCAAUCAAUCCCGCAUCCAAAGGCCAUAUUUGGAUACUAGUGGCUACCAAGUACUUUACAAAAUGGGUUGAAGCCACUCCCCUAAAGAAGGCUAUAGGCCUAGUUGUUGCAAAUUUCAUCCGAGAGCACAUAAUCUGCAAAUUUGACAUCCCUCAUAAGAUUGUUACUGAUAAUGGCACUCCUUUUGCCAACAAGGAUGUUCGAAAGUUACUCGACCAUCGUCACAUCAAGCACCGCAAGUCCACUACCUAUUAUCCACAAGGCAAUGGUCAAGCGGAAGCUACCAACCGAGUGCUAUUAAGAAUUCUUAGAAAAAUGGUGCAUGAAUAUGAGGGUGGCUGGAUUGAACACCUGCUGGAAACCCUGUGGGCAUACCAAAGCUCAAGAAAAAUAGCCACCAGAUUAUUACCAUUUUCUCUUGUAUAUGGUACCGAGGCUAUAUCUCUAGUUAAGCUAUUGGUUCCCACCCCAAGGGUUGUUCAUGGACAAGAAACAGACAUGGAUGCUGCCACUUGUGCAGAAAUUAGAACUACAAACCUUGAAACCUUGAAGGAGACAUGA